CUGAUGGCCUCCUCUUCAUCCGACGCUGUAUCCCUAACCGACGUCGACGUAUGGCUCGCCGUCGCCGGCGCCUCCGUCCGAAUCCCUCCACCCAACUCCGCUGUCUACUACUUUCCCCAGGGCCACCUCGAGCAGCACGGCCUCGCCGCCGCCGCCGCCUCGCAAAAUCCCGUGGUCGCCCCCGGCCGCCCGUUCAUCCCCUGCCGGGUCCUCUCCUUCGGUCUGCUCUACCACCCCCUCACGGAGCAGCCCCUCGCCAGGAUCCUCCUCCAGCCGACUUCGGCUGGCUCCGCCUGGCGGCCCAAAUCGAGCGGCGAAGCCACCCCCGCCUCCGGCGCCGUAGGCGGGAACGCCAUCGCUUCGUACGCGAAGGUCCUGAGCCCCUCCGACGCGAACAAUGGCGGCGGGUUCUCCAUCCCGAGAUCCUGCGCGGAAAGGGUCUUCCCGCGUCUGGAAUCCGAGGGCGACCGGCCAGCUCAGAACCUCCGGAUGAGGGACGCGGCCGGAAUUUUGUGGGGGUUCCGGCACAUCUACCGGGGGACCCCACGCCGGCACCUUCUCACCACCGGUUGGAGCAUGUUCGUCAACACCAAGCGCCUAGUCGCCGGCGACUCCGUUGUCUUUGUGAGGAGGACGGCGGCCGGUGGCCGCACGGAGCUGUUCGUCAGGAUCCGGAGGGCCGCCGCCGGCUCGUGGGAAUCCGAGGAAAGAUCUGUUAGCAGCGCGCUGGCAGAGAUGGGGAAGGCGGCCAGAGGAUUGCAGUUCGAGGUCGUGUACAGUCCUAAGAUUGGGUUGCCGGAUUUCGUGGUGGAGGCAGGGAGAGUCGAGGCGGCGUGGUGGGUUGGGUGGCGGCCGGGAAUCCGUGUGAGGAUGGAUGUGGAGACGGUGGACUCAACUCAGAUGGUCUCGUCUGUGGGGACAGUUAUGACAGCUGUCGUGCCGGAAAACGGGCCCUGGCGAGGUUCUCCCUGGCGUAUGCUUCAGGUGGCUUGGGACGAACAAGAAAUAGCAGCGAAAACCGAGAAAGUGAGCCCAUGGGAAGUCGAGAACAUUAUUCCCCCGAACCCACACUUCUUCCCACCAGAAUUCCCUUCGGCUAAGAAGCUCAAAGCCUACGGGCCAGAUGCAAAUUCAAUAGAAGCGUGUGAUCGUUAUUAUCCCAACAGAACAUUCACCCAACUUCUCAUCGACUGCACAGAGCCUCCUCGUACAGAAAUCGACCUAAAGUUACUUAAUCAACAUUCGGGAAGUUCUUCAACAACAGCUCGGGGGAGCUCGUUUCGGUUGUUUGGUAAGACCAUUCAAAUAUCCCACCCUCAUGAAGGGGGCUCGGAAAGCAAUGUUGUAAGCUGCACGGAUUGCGAAACGAAACAGAGUUGA